GAUCUUUAUCUGUCACUUUGACAAGUACACUAGGUCAAGGGCCAUAGAAAGUUUAAUUAAAGUUAUUUCAUUGUAAAAUUAGUAAAAAAGAUAAACGACAAUGGCUACUCUGCUAAGAACGUUGGCAGUGGCAGAGAAUUCAGUCCUUAAAAAUGGCACUAAGAUAUUAGGACCUGCCACUAAUGGUCGCUGGAAUUUGCAAGUGCAGCAACAAAGAAACUUGAAUGUUCACGAACAUAUCAGUUAUUCUCUGUUAAAAGAGGCAGGCAUUACGGUUCCAAACUUUGGUGUAGCCCGUACUAAACAGGAGGCGCGGAAAAUUGCCCAGGAUUUAAACACUAAAGAUCUGGUGCUUAAAGCUCAGGUUUUAGCAGGUGGUCGCGGUAAAGGUCAUUUUAAAAAUGGGCUUAAGGGUGGUGUACGCAUGGUAUACUCACCUGAAGAGGCAGAGGAUAUUUCUGGACAAAUGCUUGGUCAAUAUUUAGUAACUAAACAGACAGGCGAAAAAGGAAGAAUAUGUAAUGCCGUGAUGGUUGCACAAAGAAAGUUUCCCAGAAAAGAAUUUUACUUUGCAGUUAUGAUGGAGAGAGCUUUUUCUGGCCCAGUAAUUAUUGCAUCCUCCCAAGGAGGUAUCAAUAUUGAAGAAGUAGCAGCUGAAAAUCCAGAUGCUAUUAUUUACGAACCUGUGGAUAUUAUUAAAGGUUUGUCCAGGGAACAAGCUGAAAGAGUAGCUGUUAAAGUUGGUCUGGAAUCUCAAAAAGAGAAAACAGUUGAUAUGCUACUGAAAUUGUAUGAUUUGUUUGUUAAAAAGGAUGCAUUGCUUAUUGAAAUUAAUCCAUAUGCAGAAGAUGCAGGUGAAACAUAUUUCUCAUUGGAUGCUAAAUUUCGAUUUGAUGACAAUGCUGCCUUUAGACAAAAAGAACUUUUUGCUCUCAGGGAUUGGACUCAAGAAGAUGAAAAAGAAGUAGCAGCUGCUCAAUUUGAUUUGAACUACAUCGCCCUAGACGGCAAUAUCGGCUGCAUGGUAAACGGAGCGGGUCUUGCCAUGGCCACUAUGGACAUUAUCUCUUUGCACGGGGGUUCACCAGCCAACUUCUUGGAUGUAGGCGGUGGUGCCACAGCUUCGGCCGUCAAAGAAGCGUUUAAAAUCAUCACUGCUGAUCCUAAGGUUCACGCGAUUCUGGUGAAUAUUUUCGGCGGUAUCAUGAGAUGCGACGUGAUCGCCGAGGGCAUCAUCGCAGCUGCCAAAGAACUGAGUCUCAAGAUGCCAAUCGUGUGCCGGUUACAAGGAACCAACGUGGACGACGCCAAAGUACUCAUCGCCAGUUCCGGCUUGAAAAUCUUACCGGUCGACAACCUCGACGAAGCUGCCCGACUGGCCGUCAAACUGUCAAACAUCGUCAGUCUUGCGAGAGACGCUAAAUUAGAUAUCAAUUUCGAAAUGCCGCUGUAAACGAUACUAACGAAUAUUUAUCAAGGGUAUUACCUAUUUAAAGUGUACGAUAAUUUUAACAUAAUUAAAAUGUUUCCUGUAAGCUGUUAAAUAAAAUGUAUUAUUCACACCAAACCAUUAUAUACUUAUAAAGAAACCGAACAUGCCAGUGAUGUUAUGCUUAUAAAAUGUAAUUAUACUAUUCCUUGAUAUUUAUUUGAAGACGAAAGUUUUUUUUAACGGGAUUUAAGGG